AAAUUCUUUUAUUUCUCUGACUAUUGUUUUCAGUUUCAUCACUCAGAGAAAUCUCACUGUUCACUCAGUCACUCACACACACUAUUCUUGCUCCAUUACCAUUACUUUCUCUCUCUAACCUUUGUUUGUUUCCGUAUCUUGAGUUUGUGUUUGGUUUUGGGAGGGAAGAUUUUAAAUGGUUGAGUGAAAAACAAGUUAAGUGGUCAAAUUUAAAGAGUUUUUUGUUUUUUUAAAUCAAGUUAAAAGUAGUUGGAAUGGGAAGAAAAGAUCAGAAUGUGGUUAGUGAUGAGACUAAGAAAUGUACGGAAAGAGUUGAAGCUGUUCUUAAACUUCUUAAGAAACAAGCUCCAUUAACUGUUAAACAGGAGAAAUUCUGUAACACAGCUUGUGUAGAAAGAUUUCUAAAAUCAAAAGGCGAUAAUGUUAAGAAAACAGCUAAACAUAUACGAGCCUGUCUUUCAUGGAGAGAUAGCAUUGGAUUUGAGCAUUUGAUUGCAGAUGAGUUUGCAGCUGAAAUCUCAGAUGGUGUUGCUUAUGUUGCUGGUCAUGACGACGAAUCUCAUCCUGUUCUGGUAUUUCGGGUUAAACAGGAUUAUCAGAAAUUUCAUUCACAAAAGCUGUACAUUCGAUUGUUUGUAUUUACACUGGAAGUUGCGAUUGCUUCUAUGCCUAAAGAUGCAGAACAGUUCGUCCUUCUCUUUGAUGCCAGCUUUUUCAGAUCAGCUUCAGCUUUCAUGAACUUAUUAUUGUUGGCAAGUUUGAAGACAUUAUCUGAAUAUUAUCCUGGACGUCUUCACAAAGCAUUCGUCAUCGAUCCUCCUUCGCUUUUUUAUUACCUCUGGAAGGGAGUUCGUCCAUUUAUUGAGUUAUCGCCCGUUACAAUGGUAGUAUCAUCGUUAGAUUUUGAAGAAUCAUUAGAAUAUGAUGAUUUAUCAUCCUAUCAUCCACGUUCUUCAUCUCUAAGAUUUGAUCCAUCUGUGAUCUCAUCAUCAUCAGCUAAAGUGGGUCCAUCAGCUUCAUCACGGUUUGCUUUCACCGUUGGUCACAAUUACGAUUCCCUUAAACCUUGGUAUCUUAGUCUCACUGACACGUCAUCAUCAAAAGUGGGUCCCAACAUAGCGUCCUCUUCCCCUUCGUUGAUGGGGUCAGCUUUAAUCUCGCCUCUAAAUGCUAGAUCUUACUCGUUCGCAUCAACAGCUGCUAGAACGACACGUGGAAGUUUACACUACCAGGGUGGGCUCGCCAAGAAACAGACUUUUUUCCCACUGACGCCAUUACCACAGAGAGUGAGUAAUCUGAACCAUCCAAGAACACCAAGACCAUCUUUCCUUCAAUCUCCAGCGUUGUUUUUCAAGAGGGACUGUCAAGGUAGUAAAACAGAGAAAAGCAGGGAAUCGUUUCUACCAUUCUUGAGAUUCUACAGAAGGCCGUACGAUGAAUUGGCUUAUCGGUCAAAGAUGAAACCUCCGCUAGGUGGACUCAUUUCAAUCAUAUCCCCACACAUGAGACGGCGGCACGUAUCUAUGUCUCAAAGGUUUUAGUCCAACACAAACAUGAAGAACCGAUGAAGAAGAAGAAGAAAGAAAUACAAGAGUUUAUUUUUGGUACAUAUAGUUAAUAACAAUAUCUAUUUAGCUCUUUCUACUAAUAACCUAAUAUUGAUGUUUAAUUAA